AUGGCAUCCCUCAUUCCUGGGGUUCUACUCAAGCUUCUCCAAAGUAUGGAUUCUAAUGUGAAAGUUAAUGGGGAAUAUAGAUCAGUCAUUCUGCAGGUGAUCAGCAUUGUGCCUGCAAUAACCGGGUCUGAAUUAUGGCCUAACCAAGGUUUCUUCCUGAAAGUCUCUGACUCUUCUCAUUCAACUUAUGUCUCACUCUCCAAGGAGGACAAUGAGCUUAUCUUGAACAAUAAGUUGCAGCUUGGACAAUUCAUUUAUGUGGACAGGAUAGAGGCUGGAACACCAGUCCCUAUUCUUGUUGACGUUAGACCAGUUCCUGGCCGGCACCCUUUUAUUGGAAAUCCUAAGGAUUUAAUGCAAAUGUUGGAGCCAUCAGAGGGUCCAGUGCAAUCUGACAAUCCUAGAAUUAAUCGUUCAAAAUCCAUGAAUUCAACAACAGCCAAAGAGAGUAGAAGUCCAAAGCAGAAAAUAGUUAUCAAAGAGGAAAAAUCUGCUGUUGCAUCCAGGUACAUGCGGGAUGUUAGAAGUCCAACCUCAAAUGUGAAUGUUCAUGAUGCUAUUGAAGAAAGAAAAGGAAAUUAUUUUGAUAAUGGUGUAGAUAGUAAGAAAGUGGGAUCUGCAAAAGUAAAACUGCAAAAAUUACAGGUCAGGCAGAGGGUUGCUCAAUCUAACAUCCAGGAGACUGUGAUGUCACCUUCUAAGCGCAUAUCUAUCAAACGCAAUUCUACUAAACAGGAAACUACAAACUUGAAUGUGUUGUCCAGCAGUGAAGAUAAAAGCUGCAGCACAGAGACAAUUCCGUGGUCCACUUUGCCAGCCAAACUUUUGAGGCCUGGAAAGGAACUGCUUAGAAGGAAACAUCUAGCCUCCAUGGUUGUUGAAGAAGCUCAAAAAGAAGUUUCUGCUACUGCAGUCCUUGUCAAGUUUUUAAGCAUGUUUGCCAACAUCUGCACUUCAGCUGCAUCAGAGAACCCUCAUGUCACAUUGGACAAGUUUUUUUCCUUCCAAGAACUCAUGGACCAAUCACUUCACCUAUAUAAAACUUCUUCUCCUACAGAAACAUACAAAACUGACAAGAAAUUUUUAGUGCCCGGAAAAAGUUCAUCAAAGUCUCCAAAAUACUCCCCAGAAUUAUCCGAGACUGAGAAACAAGACUGGGCCACAGGAAAUGGUCUAAAAGAGAUGAAUGAACUGAGUGAAGUCCUUUUGAUUGAAACAAGAUCAUGGUUUUUGAGAUACUUAGAAAAAACAUUGGAUGUCUGGUUUUCCACAAGCUCCCAAGGGAAGAGGGGAAAGGCGAGUAAGGACACUGCAGGAAGGCAAAUGAAUCGUGCCAAUCAUAUAGCUCUCACAUUGUCACAACUUAAGCAAGCAAAUGAAUGGUUGGAGAAAUUGGGAAGCACUUCAAACUUGAAAAAUGAAGAGCUAUUGGAAACUGUUGAGAGAUUGAAGCAAAAAGUUUAUUCUUGUUUGCUCCUACAUGUUGACUCUGCUGCAUUUGCAUUGGAAAACCGAGCCUGA